AUGAAACCAAAAGCAUAUGAUUAUUUCCGGGAAGACGGAACAGUCUUUCCGGUCUACGACACGUCCCAAGAUGGCGGUUCAGAUAUCUAAGAAGAGGAAGUUUGUCGCUGAUGGCAUCUUCAAAGCUGAACUGAACGAGUUCCUCACCAGAGAGCUCGCUGAGGAUGGCUACUCUGGUGUGGAGGUUCGUGUCACCCCAACCAGGACUGAAAUCAUCAUCCUGGCUACCAGGACACAGAACGUGCUUGGUGAGAAGGGGCGUCGUAUCCGUGAGCUGACUGCAGUGGUCCAGAAGAGGUUUGGCUUCCCAGAGGGCAGUGUUGAGCUGUAUGCUGAGAAGGUUGCCACUCGUGGUCUGUGCGCCAUCGCCCAGGCCGAGUCUCUGCGCUACAAGCUUCUUGGGGGUCUGGCUGUCCGCAGAGCCUGCUAUGGUGUCCUGCGCUUCAUCAUGGAGAGCGGGUCCAAGGGUUGCGAGGUGGUGGUCUCUGGAAAGCUCAGGGGCCAGAGGGCCAAAUCCAUGAAGUUCGUGGAUGGCCUCAUGAUCCACAGUGGGGACCCCGUUAACUACUACGUCGACACCGCUGUCCGCCAUGUGCUGCUCCGUCAAGGUGUGCUGGGGAUCAAGGUGAAGAUCAUGCUGCCCUGGGAUCCCAGCGGUAAGAUCGGCCCCAAGAAGCCUCUCCCUGACCACGUGAGCAUUGUGGAGCCCAAGGACGAGCAGGUCCCCUCUACCCCCAUCUCAGAGCAGAAGGGAGCCAAGCCGGAGGCCGCUGCCGUCGCACCUGCGACACCCGUCCCCACAGCAUAACCAUGAGGGAGCCCCAAACCAGCGUCUCCUUUUUUUCAAUGUCAUCAUGAGCCAACUGGAAAUGCUCCAAAUACCCUUGUCAAGUGUUGAGAGAGAAAUAAAAAGUAAAUGUUUGGAAA